UCCUAAUACACGAGCAGACACCAUAUCAAGGCCUCUGUGAUUAUCUAGUCCCUUGUCUCCCCCUCCAGGCUGGGCCAUAUGCUGUGGGGCAACUGCAGCGCGGCGGACCACGGCAUCAACCUCCUCCUGCACGCCGGGGUCACGCUGCUCUUCGCCCACACGCUGCUUAACGCCCUCCGCCUCACGCCUCUGCAAGUGCUCCUCAGCGGCCUAACCUUCGCCACGCACCCCGUCCAUACCGAAGCAGUAACAGGUGUGGUGGGUCGAGCAGAUCUGCUGGCCGCCGCGACGUUCCUGGCCUCCUUCUGCGCCUACCACAGGUCAGUGGUAGCGAGUGGCAGAGAGACGGAGCGGUCCUGGCUAAGGUGGGCGGGCGUGUGGGCGUGCGUGGGCGUGGGCUGCAAGGAACACGCCCUCACAGUGCUGGGCGUGUGCGCAGCUUGGGACCUUGCCAUCCACGCCUCAGCACUAAGGAGGUGUGUUCUCGGCAGGUGGGAUUCGUGCCUCCUCACCUGUCUGGCGCGGAGAUUAGGGAAAGUGAUUGGCCUGAGCGUGCUGGUGGUCAGCGCGAGGGUGGGAAUGAUGAGGGCGGCUCCCGUCUUCUCGGAUCAAGACAAUCCCGCCUCGUUCAGCCGCAGUCCCCUUACCAGGUUCCUCACGAAGACUUAUCUGCCUGCACACAACACGUGGCUCUUACUGUGUCCGGUGCAGCUUUCCUACGACUGGCAGCUCGGGUCUGUCCCCCUCGUGACCUCCCUCUCAGACCCCAGGAACGCCGCCUCUUGUGCCCUCUACGGCUGCCUCGUUCUGCUCUUCCUCUCCUCCUUCAGAUCCAGGCACAGCCACGAGGGUCGGGCGGCGCUGUGGGGGCUGCUGGUGCUGGUGAUCCCCUUCCUCCCCGCCUCCAACCUGCUCUUCCCCGUGGGGUUCAUGGUGGCUGAGCGUGUUCUCUAUAUCCCCAGUCUCGGCUGGUGCACGCUGGUGGGGGUCGGAGCAGCGAAGGUCGGAGUGGGGGCAGCGAGGGCGAAGGGAAAGGCCGGGCUGGGACGCACCGCCACCCACCUCCUCCUGGCUCUCCUUCUUGCCUUCUCCUUCAGAACUUUGCGGCGGAACAUCGACUGGAGAUCACGGGAGGAACUUUUCGUGUCGGGGCUCAGAACGCUCCCACACAACGCCAAGAUGCACUACAACUACGCCAAUCUUUUGAGGGACCAACACCGCCCCGAGCUGGCCAUUCUCCACUACAAGGAAGCGAUCAGGCUGUGGUGGGUGUACCCGAGUGCCCACAACAACCUGGGCACACUCCUCCUCCAGAGCCGCCCCCAGGCCAGCGAGUGGGAGGACGAGGCCGAGUGGCACUUCACGGUGGCCCUCCAGACGCACCCGCGACACCAGCACGCGGGGAGGAACCUGGCGGCCCUCUGGCGACAACAAGGGCGCGUCAACCCAGCCGUGUCUCUCCUCGAGUCGCAUUUCGUCCCCGAGGAUGAGGAGGCGGGGGACACGGGCCGCCUCCUCGCCGACAUUCUGCUGCAGGAGGGGCGGCACAAGGAGGCUGAAGACGUGUUCCUGAGGCUCGCCGCCGCGCAGCCCUCCAACCCCGCGGUGCUGGCAGACUACGCCGCCCUCCUGCACAAGUUAGGCAGGACAGAGGCAGCGGCACGACACUUCGAGGCCGCCCUGAGCCUCGACCCCGCCCACUCUUACGCCCUCACCAGCUAUGCCGCGCUGGUCACCGCCCACGACCACCACGCCCACGCCACUCACCUCUACUCACGGCUUCACAGGGCCCUGGCGCGGCGGUGGGAUCCAGACACAGCCAUGGCUCUCGCGCGCCUCUGCAUCCUGAUGGGAAAGCUCACGGAGGCGGACACGGUGCUCAGCCGCCUCACCGCUCACCAGCCCGCACACCUCGCCGCGCGGGUACAUAUGGCACAAGUACGACUACAACAGAGGCACUACGGGGAGAGCGAGAGCCUGCUGGAGGGCGUGCUGAGGGAGGUACCCACACACCACGAGGCGCUGUACCACCUCUCCCUUCUAUACUCCGCCACCAACCGCUCGGGCGAGGCUCUGGAUGCGGCAACAGUGGCGGCCAAGACGUGUGUGGCACCGCGGGACCUGUGCGCCGUGUUGCAUGCUCAUCACGCCGACCUGCUGCACACCCUCACCUUCCUGGAUGAUGCUGUGACGAGCUACCAAAUGGCCGUAAGGAUGGAACCAGCUCUCUCCCGCGCUCACCUUAACCUGGGCGCAAUCUAUCACACACAGGGUCGGUACCAGCUGGCGUGGAAGCACUACCAGUCCGCCCUGACCCGCGACCCUCACAACACGCUGCUGCUGGAGAACAUUGAGAAGCUACAGCGAGCCAUGAACCCCGAGGCGCGAGGACGGUGACCCAGGGGGGCGGGCGUGCACGAGGCCUCCCCGUGAAGAGAUGAAGCUGACGUGACUCUCCUCUCCUCCCCGAUGUAGAAGACAAGACAGUUAUACUGAAUGAUGGACAACUCCAACGUGUGAAUUUUUUUUUUUUUAUAUAAUAUAGGUAGACAGGCCAGAGAUAAAACAGAAAAUAUAAGAAAUAACCAAGAACAUGUUGCCUCUGUCAGUAAUAACGUGGUAAUGAUAAUAUUGUUUUUUAUGGUGUGUGGAUACAUAUCAAGGGUUAAAGAAUUUAAAAUCCCCAGUCUUAUAAAGAAAUCCGAGGGAGAUGCCAGACUGUAAAACUUACCGUAAUUCCAGAGUUGUGUGAUAGUUUGGACUAGUUCGAGAUGUGUCUUAUAUAUUAUUGAACGGUGACAUAUUGAAAAUGGCAUGGCCACCUUCUUGUGAUUCAAUGUAGUAGAGCAGCCACAGGACCCAAGAAGAUGACUGUCAUGAGGAAGAAAUACAAGUGAAGUAAAAAUACAUAAACCCCAACUGUCCAAAGAAAUGACUGACUUAUCUUGCAGAGACCAAUGGAAUGAUUUAUGAGCGUAGCGAGUGAACUACAAACACUAAACAGCCAUGGCAAUGGAAACCUGACUGCAGACACACUUACCCGAGCCCAUGCGCGAGAAUACACACACACACACACACACACACACACACACACACACACACACACACACUCGAUGCGGUAAUGGAUGCAGCCGGGUGCGUGCAUCCCCCGAGAGGACGCAGCAGGCGGUCAGGCCAUGACAUGAGCCGCGAGGAAAUAAUUUGGUUUAGUUAUACGUGAGGCGUGUGUUGCAAUGCCUGAGGGAGGGGCUCGGCGCCUCCACCCAGUCAGUCAGGAAGGCAAACGACACCGCCUCUCCCGCCUUGCUCACACCCGCCUCGGCUUCCAGCGGCACCAACAAUUCUGUGCUACGCGGCUCCUCCCACAUAUUGGUUGGGACACACCCUCCGCUGAUAUGUUGGCCCGUACGUAGAGUGCAGGCACCAGAAGAAAGACUCCUUGCGUACACAUAUUGUAAUUAGGAGAAUCUUUGUGAUCCACUACACAUUCACGCAUAGAGUUGGCUUGUUUACUUAGAGUAAAUUUACCAGUUGAAAGACUCCUAAGAAAAUGUACCGUAUUUACUGCUAAUACUGAAGGUUUAAUAAUAAAGGAUAGUGAGGCAUUAUUUUAAAGUCACAUUAAGGGCUGUCCCAUCGUCCCUUCGUAAAGAACACAUCAUUUUAAUAACAAUGGAGCAAAAAAGGCCAACAAACUCUCUCAGGAAAUAAUAUAUAGCUGUAGGUAAAACUAGUCACACGUAUAAUAACAAUAAUAAUAUUAACCAAAGCAGUAAGUAAGGUAUUAUGUGUGAAACUGUAGCAUAGUAAAAUAUCUGAUUAUUCUGUAACUUUGACGGCCGAUUGCUCUGAGUUGCCAAUAUAAAAACCGACAUAUAUCAACACAACCCUUCAUUUUAAUUGACUUUAUAAGCUCUGUUCAAAUUAACAUGGUAAAUACGCCACUCCCCGUUCGCCGCGGUUCAGUGUGUAUUGUUGGCCAGUCCACAAGCAAGCCAAGUUUGAUGAAUUAUUUUGAGUAUAAUGGCGCCCCACCAUAACCUGCCCCCCUUUCCACCCUUUCCAGUCUCCCUCGCCUUUUUGUCGCCCCCUUUUCAACCCCCACUUUUACUGACCAACUAAACCCCACUCCAACCUAACUCUUUCGCCCCCUCACCCCAGCACCACCUCAUAUGACCAUCUAGUGACCUUUCCUUGACAUAUUCCCAAUACUUCUACUCCCCAUCAUCUUCUCCUUUAGGACAUCCGCGAGCCAAAUCAAUCCAGUGGACAGCGCUACGUCCAAGUAACUCUUAUCUUCUUCCUCCACCUCUUUUAUAACUUUUUCUUCAUUCUCUCUUCAUUUUCUUCAUUUUCUUUAUCUUCUUUUUCGUCCUUUUUGUUUUCUUUUUCAACUUUUUUUUCUUUUCUUUCUCUUUUUCUGUCAUUAUCUUUACUUUUCUUCUUUUUUAUCUCUUCUUCAUUUUCAUUUUUUUCUUCUUCAUCUUCGUUUCCUUCUUCUUGUUCUUGUUCUUCUUCUUGUUCUUCUUCUUCUCCUUCUUAUUUUUCCUCCUCCCCCCCCCCCCUCCACCACCACCACCACUGUCCCCCCAUUGUCCUUAAUUAAGCUGAGUGUAACAUGACGUCAUCGCUUCGCUCACAGACAAGAAUAUAACAAUAGAAUCAAUUAUUUUCGUACAACCAAGAACAAUAAUGAUGAUAAUAAUGAUAAUAAUAAAUUGCUUUAUAUGAGACGUG